AUGAGUUUAAUGAAAAAAAGAAUAAAAGAAACAAUGGCUAAACCAUUAAUUGGUACAUCAUUACAAGAUAUGGUAAAAGGACUUAGAUCAAAUGCAGGAAAUGAACAAGCAUUUAUUAAUCAAACGAUUGCAGAUAUUAAGAAAGACAUAGUAACAUCAGAUAUGAAGAGGAAAGCGAUUUGUAUUCAAAAAUUAACAUAUCUUGAAAUGCUUGGACAAGAAACAAAUUGGUCAGGAUUUCAUAUCAUUGAACUUUCUGCUAAACAAUCUUUUUGGAUGAAACGAGUUGCUUAUCUUGCUGCACAAAUUUGUUUACAUGAAAGUGAUGAUGUUUUAAUGUUAAUUACUAAUCAAUUAAAGAAAGAUCUUCAAGGAACAGCAUAUGAAAGUUGUAAUGCAUGUGCAUGUUUUUCUGCUAUUGUUAAUGAAUCACUUGCUCGUGAUCUUGCAGCUGAAUUAGUAAAACUUCUUACAUCAGGAAAAGAUUUUUUAAGAAGAAGAGCAUGUUUAAUGAUGUAUCCAAUGUGUAAAGAAUAUCCAGAUGCAUUAAGACCAUCAUUUGCUAAAAUGAAAGAAAAAUUAAAAGAUAGUGAUCCUACAGUUGUUGCAGCAGCAUGUGUUUCAUUUGUUGAAUUAGUUAAACAUGAACCAAAACAAUAUAUUUCACUUGCACCAAUAUUAUAUGAAAUUAUUAAAGAACCAAUAAAUCAAAAUAAUGAUUUACUUAUGACAAAGGCUAUUAAAAUACUUGGAAUGCUUGCAUCAGUUGAAUUAAGAUUAGCUAAAAUUCUUGUAGAACCAUUUAACUCAUUAUUACAAAGUAAUAUUACAAGUCCUAUUUUAUUUGAAUUAAUUAAUGCAUGUAUUAUUGGAUUAAAUAAACAUAUUCCAACAAUGAAAACAUGUCUUGGAAAAAUUAAUAUGAUGAUUCAAGACAAUGAAGGAAAUAUAAGAUAUUGUGGAUUAAAACUUCUUGGAUUAAUGAUGACUAAACAUCCUAAAGCAGUAAUUGAAAGUAGAGAUACAGUAUUAGCAUGUUUAUCAGAUCCAGAUGAUUCAUUAAGAAGAACAGCACUUGAAUUAUUAAUUGGAAUGGUAACAAAAAAGAAUAUUUGUGAGACAGUAGAUAAAUUAUUAGUAAUUGUAGAAAAAUCAGAAAAUUCAUAUUAUAGAGAUGAAUUAUUCUUAAAAAUUAUUGAAAUUAUUAAGAAAGAUAAUUAUGAUAAUGUUACUGACUUUGAAUGGUAUUUAAAACUUUUAAGUAGAUUAUCAACUCAACAAUUAGAACAAUCUGUAUUUAAUGUUGUUUCUAAAGAAAUAUCAAAUAUUAUGGUAAGAGUACCAGACAUUAGAUUAUUUGGUAUAACACUUUUAAAAACUAUUAUUACUUCUCAUAAUUUCCUUCAAAUGGCAAGUGGUUCAAAUUUACUUGUUGAAUGUGCUUGGUGUGUUGGUGAAUAUAUUUAUUAUUUAACUAGUGAAGAAACAUUACAAAUGUUAAGACAUUUAAUUAAUGUUAAACAUACCUCAUUAAAUCCAGACAAGUUGUUGAUCCAAGAGACCCUGCUGAUAUAG